CAUGUUGGUGAUUGUCUCAUCUAUGGUGUGUGCGGCCUUGAGCAGUAUGAUCUUGGGGACUUUUAUGUGCGUUCUCGUGAUAUUAUCUCGAAAGCUUCAAAUAAAUCCAGAUAAUAUCGCAUGCCCAAUGGCUUCAUCACUUGGAGAUUUGCUUACAUUAAUUAUUCUCGCGGUCUGUGGUGAAUUUCUUUUGCAAUAUCUUCAUAGCUGGACUAGCACCAUAAUUUUCUUUGUUCUAAUGGUCAGCAUACCUUUAUGGAUGUGUAUGGUUCGUACUAAUAAAUAUGUACGGGAUUUAUUGGUGAAUGGAUGGACACCCCUGUUCAUCGCUAUGAUUAUUGCAAGCAUAGCCGGUUUGAUUCUAGAAGGAUACAUUGAACAAUAUAAUGGACUUGCACUUUUAACGCCUGUUCUUAGUGGUAUCGCUGGUAACAUUGGAUCCAUAUACGCAUCAAGGAUAUCCACCCACCUUCAUGGCGGUGGGGAAGAAUCCUAUCGCCGAUCUGAACUAAUAUUAUUUCUGAUUCACAUCCCGGUUGAACUCUUGUUUUUAAUAUCCGCUUCGUGGUUUGACGUUGGGCAUGUUAAUCUCACAUUGGAUUUUUCAUUGAUCUAUUUGUCUAUCUCGGUCAUUUGUAUAAUAUUCACGCUGGUGUUUGCAAGGAGAUUGACCCUUUGGCUUUGGCAUCAUAAAUACGAUCCUGAUAAUUAUUCUUUACCAUAUAUCACCUCCAUCGUUGAUGUUGUGUGUACUGGAUCAUUGGUGUUAUCGUACUGGGGGUUGUCAUCUUUAAGUCAAAGAUCCGCUACAAAAUCUGGCAUUUUGAUAGACAUUGAUCGGUUUUAA